UCUGCGCCGGCGUGACGUCACAGUGACAACCAGUGACAACCUGAUCGGCGAGUGUGUUGUCAAAUCUCGGUGUUGUGAGCUGCGUUGCUGUGUGUAUAUAGGAUUUGAUUGCGCGUCAACGAGUUAUCGCAUAAUCCUUUCUCCCCUGUUCGCCCGUGUGUCGAGCUGACAUUGAAAAUAUUCCGCGAUAAGUGCCGCCGUGCAUUCACCAAUGUUGAAAUGAUGCAGAAGCGCGUCAUGUAUGGCGACGCGCGAGAACUGUGCGAGAGACAAACGCAAUUGGUCCCUUACGGGCCCUGCCUCGCGUCAGACUAACGAUCAAUGGCUUUAUUCGAGAAGAGAUACACGAAUAAAGUGUUGUUAGAUGAUACGGAGCAGCUGACCAGUGUCAUCGAAAAUGCGAGGACCAUCGACGGACAUACGGAGUACGUAAUCAAAACACAGAGAGGUCCGCUUCCUGAAAGAUCCUGGAGAGUGAGCAGACGUUACAAUGACUUUGUACAGCUCAAUGCGACUUUAUCCAUAUCUGGCUUUGAUCUGCCACUACCACCAAAAAGGAUUAUUGGUAAUAUGGAGCCAGACUUUAUAGCUCAGAGACAAAUAGCACUGCAGAAUUAUCUAAACAUAGUACUAAUGAAUCCUAUACUGGCAUCUUCACUUCCCAUGAAAAAGUUUUUAGACCCUGAGAAUUAUACAGCACCACUACAUGAAAUUGCGCUACAACAAGUAUCAUUAGCAUUAAGGAGCGAUGCCAAUUUUGAAGUAUGCAAACCCAUCCCUGAUAUGGGAUGGAGAUUACGAAAACAUUAUUAUACAGUGAAAAAUCGUCAGAAUGCAAAACAAGAACUCUUAUUAGCUUGGGUCGAGUUUGGCCCUGACAAACAUUUGCAAGAUAAAGACUUACAAGGAGUUUUCAAGACUCUGGGCUCUCUACGACACACUUACAUCGAACCAAUUGUGCAUCAACAUGUUACAGACAAUGGAGCACUAACGAUAAGAAAUUUCUAUCCAAUGGGCACAUUACGUGAUAUUCUAUGUGUCACUAAGCCUAAACAGCCAUUUAUAAAGAAGUAUGGAAAUCCAAAACAAAUAAAAUCAUUGACAACGCAAGAAGUCGCGACAUAUGGUUAUCAGAUAUUGGAGGCUCUGGGAUUUCUUCAUGAGAAGGGAUUACCUUAUGGACAUUUACAUACUGGUAAUGUCCUUUUGACCCCAAGAUGCGCUAAAUUAUUAGAUAUAGAAAAUGGACUUCUAGGAUUACCAGCAUUUUAUCGACCUUAUGUAGUGCAAAGGCGUAAAUUACAUGCCACGACUCAGGUUGAUGUGUAUUCCUUUGGACAUGUUUUGUACGAAAUGGCAUUUGGACGACCGCUUAUGGAAGCAACAUGUUCUGAGCUACCGCAUUGUGAAGCAAAUUUGAAAAAUUUGCUGGAAGUUAUACUUUCGCCAGAAGCUCUAAAACAAGAUUUGCCGACAGUGACUCGAUUGUUGGAACAUUCAUUUUUCGAAUCGGCAAGGCGUGCCGCGUUGGCCAUUGGCACUGUGGAAAAGCCACAUUUCAAAUUGAGCAAUCAUUUGAAGGAAGCUUUGCAAGAAGCUGUAAAUAAAGCUGAACAGCGAUUGCGCGAUGAACAGAAGGUGGCCCGGCAUCAGAAAAGGCUUGUCAAAGUCCAAGAAAUGAUGAGUUCUGAAGAAGAGAUGAAAAAACGAAAGCAUAAAUUGAAGAAAGAACAGAAAUUGGCGCAGGAACAACGCUCUGCAUCGCAACUAAGUACAAAUGGAACAAAACAAAUAAACGGUAAGAGUCCAGAGCGUUCAGACAGUCCAACAAGUACAUCCACAGCUACCAGCGUUGGAACGUUGACUCCUCCAUCGCUUCGUUCUGUAGAUAUUCCGCAUGGAGAUGCAGUUCCUGGCAAAGGCGUUCCGCCACCACCUUUGUUGCCGCCGCCGUCUGAAACAUCUAAUGUAUCAAAUAGUGUAUCAAAAUCGUCAAACAACCGUGCUGCUUUACUCGGUAGUAUUUGCAAUUUCGACAAGAAUAGGUUGCGAAGGAUUGCAAAUGGUCAUCGUUAGAUAAAUAGACGAAAGGUAAAUAUAUAGAUUAGAGAGGAUUAGAUACAAACAAAGGGAGAAAAGCCACGUAGAUUUAUUUCAAAUCUAGCGUGACUGCCAUACAAUGUCGGACAAAGAACUUGCUUGUGCUUGAUUAGAACAAACGAUGUACCUGUAGAUUAUUACAUUGAAUUCAGAGAUUGCCUGAAUGAUAUAACUGUGUCAUGCUCCUCGUGACUCCUAUAUAUGUAUAGAAUUGGAAUAUUCUUUUAUUUCGAUCGCGAUACUUGCAUUUUAUAGAUUUUUGAAAUUUUGAAAUUUCUUAUUUUAGUGUGAUGUGCUCUUGCUACAUGACAAGAUUUCUAGCUUAAAUCAAUAUAAAUAUUAUAUUUGUAAUGUAUAAUCGAUAUUAGUUUCGUUUGGCCUAUUCUGUUUUUACGAAAUCUAAUCUAUCAACGCUUGCUUCGCUUAUAGACUUGCCGUCCAAGAACGAGCCUAAACAUAUACAGAACAACUAAUCAAAAUAAUAAAUGCUUUUUGAAAAAUUGCCAAUUCUUUACGAAUCUUACAUCAUAUUCUUCCUAAAUAUCUGUACAUUAAAAGUUAUUUAAGCUAUUAGAAAUAUUAAUAGAAUAUAAUAACAGGAGCAUGUAUUAUAUAUAUUAUCUAGUACAGAAUGUAUAAUAAGUAUGAUGGUGGGAGCAAUUUGAAACAUUUCUAAAAUUAUUUUGAUUGAUAAUAUUAUAGUUGCGUUUGAAUCAAGAAUAUGACUAUAAGAAAUUGCAUUUUCUAGUCCAACAUAUCUCUCCUAUUUAUAUAUCAAUUAAUAACACCAUAGAAGAUGAUAAUACAUCUUAUUUAUGAUUGUGGGCCAAGUUUCGCGAUCGAUUUAUACUUCGUUAUUACUCGUGACUCGUCUUUCUCUUUUCGGAAUGUACAUAUUAAAUUUGUUUGAAUACAAACAAAAAAAGGCAGUGAUACAAUAAGGUGAUAGUAUGUACGUACAUAUAUUAAGAAAAUUUUCUCUGGUUAUACUAAUCUACUGUUUUAACUAUUCAAAGAGAGUUUAUGAAAUAUAUAUAUAAAUACAUAUAUAAUAUAAAUACAUAUAAAUACGUAUAAAUAUCUACUUCUCGUUUGUGUUUGCACGGUAAAAUGCGAAGAUCGUACGCCGCUUUUGUAUCGCUCGUGAGACUGGAACGUCUAGUUUUACGAAAUUUAAAAACGUGCCAAGGGAUAUAUCAUAUUCGUAUUUAUGAAUAAUAUGAUAUCAGCAGUAGACAUUGUCUCACAUAGAACGUAAUCUAUUUCUGUAUGUUACGAACAAGUAUGUGUCCCGUAUAAAUCCAUUUAUCUAUGGAUCUAACAAAAAAUUGUAAUGUAUAUAACCACAUCUUUUAAUAUACUUAUCACUGUUUUAGAUGUAUAUGACAACUGUGUAAUUAUGAUUCAUCAAAUACAAUCUCUGGUAUAGAUAAUGAUAAUAACAAAAACAUAUAAUAGAAUAUUUAUUGCUAUUUUUCAAGAUUUAUUAUAUUAGAUCUGCUUCGAAAAAGUUGUUUAUAUACUCAAGAGUAUAAAAAGAUAAACUUUUGUAAUUUCAUGUUUUAUAUUCAACAAAAACAGUGCGAUAUUACCAGAGACUAUUACUUGAUUGUAUAUUCUUUCAAGAAACAAUUAGAACGAUAAACGAUAAAAAAAGAAUAUUCUUUUAUAAUAUAAUAUAAUUUAUGCAUAAAUAGCAUUAAAAUCUACAGAACUAGUAAAUAACGAAAGCUCUUUAAGAGUUUCUUGUAAAUGAUAUGAUUUUUUGCAGAAUUGUCAUAUGCCUUACACAUUUAUAAACAGGUAAUGUACAUAGUAUGCAGAGAAAUUAUAUAGAAACCUUACGUAUCCUAGGGAAGGGAACAAAGUUUUAAGUUUGUUAAAUAAAUGUCGAGUCAACUGAUGAAACAAA